AUGGGGAGGAAGGGAUCAGCAGGUGGGCAUAUUGGAGAUGGGGGAGGACCAGAGGGGGAGGUAAAUAUACUAAGUAACGGUACGGUCAAGGCCACCUACCUCCCGUGCAUCCCCCCUCCCCACCAACCUUCUCUACUUACCUCCCCACCACCCAUGCAUGUCCCACCCUCUCCCCACACCCCUCCUCCAAACACUCCCCAACCGGACCCGUCACUAUUCUCCCUCCUAGUUCUCUUCCCCCCAAAUCUUCUCCCAACACCCCACAGCAAUGUCUUAGCACCCCCUCCCCCACUUCACCCCCUCCCCACCUCUCCUCACCCCGGCUUCAACCUUCCUCACCCCAACCGUCCUAACUGCCUCUUGACUCAUCUGUAA